CAAAACAAAGAGGAGAAGCGGGAGGCGUGUGCGGCGCGCAGGGUUGAGACCUCCUUGGGUUGGUCCGUCAGGCUCGGGCGCUUCAGCAUCGCUAGGUGACAAUGGAGGGAAGCAUGGGGGGCGGCCGGCGCUCGGGGUCCGACGGCCUCCAGGUGCCUGCGAAGAUGACGCCAGCCAUGGAGGAGUUGCAGAGCCGCUUGCAGGAGACUCUGGACGUGCUGUCCCCGCAAGAGCUGCGCAGCUUCCGCGUCAUCCUCAAGACAGUGGACGAGGAGCCGCGCGUGAGCCCGCUGCAGCUGGAGCUGGAGGGCGGCAGCGCGUCGGGGCUGGCUCGCCUCCUCGCCAAGCACUACUACCUGAGGGCCGCGCCGCGCGUCCUCGCCAAGGUGCUGGAGCAGCUACGCCGCGCCGACCUGCUGGCCAGCUGGCAGAACGCCGCCGCUGCGGCCGCUGAGGACGACGGCCCGGUGAUUCCAAGCAAGAUUCUAAAGAGAAGCUAUGACUGUGUGGAAGGUGAAAUGGACCGUUAUGACCUGAGUGGCAGACGGAAGGCUUUCCUCAUGUGUGUGAAGAGGAACAGGCCCGGGGCUCACCGGGACAUCGUGCUGAUGAAGGAAUGGCUUGGUCAGUGCCAGUUCGAACAUACAUCCUGCAUCGAUCCUGACAAAAUGAAUCAGAAAUCUCAUAAUUUUGUCAAACAAGAACCAGUGGCACAGGAAGAAAUCCUACGAAUUCUGAGAGCAACGAAAAGGAAAGUGAAAGAGUUACUUGGAAAAAUAACAUCAUUUCGUGAUGGACUGAAUGAAAUUAAAGAUGAAAUUGGCUGUUGUCUUGUUACUCUCAUGUCCCAUGGAGAAAAAGGCUUUAUUAAAAUGAAAGAUGAUGAAAGAGUCAGCCUGGAAGACAUUUUUGAAAUGUUUAACAAUAAAAAUUGUCCAGCACUUCAAGAGAAACCGAAAAUCUUUAUAAUCCAGGCCUGCAGAGGAGAGAGAAGAGAUAAUGGUGUCGAAACGGAUGAUGAACCCAUGGACUUUGAUGACCUAUCAGAGAAGAGGAGGCUGCCUACAUUCAGUGAUUAUUUCAUCAUCUAUCCCACCCAGGCAGACCAUGUCGCUUUACGGCACCCCCGCACUGGCUCUGUGAUGAUCGAAGCAAUGAUUGAAGUCUUUAAACAGCAUGGAAAUAAGUGGCACAUUGCUGACUUUUUCACCAAAGUGAAUAACAGAGUGGUGCACACUGAAUUUCAUCUACGUGAGGAACCAAUAAAAGUAUCACUUGUAAUGGAAUCAACUUUAACUAAAUCUGUGUACUUUUGACAUCAGGAAGAUUUAAACAAUGACUGCUUAAUAAUAGACGUUGUAAAGAGCGUUUGUAGUAUAGUAGUAAUGGUUAUCAUUUUGCAUUAUUUCUGUCACUAGUUGUAUUUCUCCAUUUUGUUUUAUAUAUAUGUUACUUUUGUAAGAUUUAACUAUGCUUGUUUGAUACUUGUAAAUAAUUUGACUUUUUUUUUUAAAGGAUCACUGUUUUCUGAAAAAUUUUUUUCCUGAACUGUUAUCCAAACAUGGAAAUCCAGGUGUAUUUGUGUACUGUUUAUAUCAUGUGCUUCUCGUGCUGAUUACACCCACCCUCCCUCCUCUCAAUUUGGUGCUGGUGGUAAGCCUCAUUGCCUUGGCUUAGUGGUCAAGAACUGCCUUAUGUGGUCUUGUUCUCUGCUUCACUUUAUUUCUCCCAUAUUGUUUUCUGCAGCCAGACUGAUCUCCUUUUUGACUCCGUAAACCAUUCUCAAGUCUUACCUGGGUGUCUUUGCCUGCACUUUGUGCCCUUGAUGCCUCCCACGCACACCCCAAUUUCCUCCCUGCUGCAUCAUACAUUUGAACUGCUGUUUUCUCUGCCUGGAACACUCUGUUCCACCCCAUGUAGGUGAGUCCUUUCCACCCUUCAGAGUUUGGUUCAAACAUCAUUUGCACAGGAAAGCUUUCCACCACCCCUCAUGGUGGGUCAGCUUUUUCUAAGUGCUCAGAGACCCUAUGCUUUUCUUCUGUAGCAUUUAGAUGUGUCGUGGCUGUUUAGUAUCUCUCUCCAGUUCAGUCAUAAGCUCCAAGAGGCAGACGCCAUGUGUCUUGUUCAUUGUUGUAUCCGAGCUUCUCUCUGUGCCUUAAGACGCAGAGAAGCCAUGCAAUGAAUGUUUACUGAUUGACUGGUCUCUGUCUUUUAAUUAUUUUAUCCAUUCCUCAGACCUCGCCUUAUUACCUCUGUGCAUAUCAGGGUAGUCAUCCCCACCUACUUGGAUGUCCCAUAGUCGCUUUAACUUAACAAGUUGGAAGUUAAUCUAAGUUUCCCCUAAAUCUCUUCAUAAAACCCAUUCCAUUGUUAAUAAUCCUUUGACUGCCUGCUGCCUGCAAAAUAUACCCCAAAUUGCCUUAG